AUGGAAUCAGUUCGAAUUUUAAUGCAACUCUCUAUGCAAUAUGACCUCAUUUUACAUCAAAUGGAUGUUAAAAGUGCUUAUCUACAUGGACCAUUCCUUGGUAUUCAAUUCAAAUCAACUAGUUGUUAUAUCACUAUGAAUCAAUCAGAUUACUUGCAAAAUGUUCUACAAAAAUUCGGUUUUGACAAUUGCAAACCAAGAUCAACCCCAUGUAAGCAAGUUCCCAAUUCAUACCAUAAUCAAGAAUCGAUAAAAUCGAACGAUUCAGAGAUAAAGCUAUAUCGACAAAUGGUUGGAAGUCUUCUUUACGCAAUGACAUGUACGAGACCAGAUUUGAGCUAUGUUGUUACAUGA